AUGGGUUUCUUCGCUCAAACAUGGACCUUAACGAAGAAAAAUCUUUUGAUAGUUCUAGGACGGCACUGGUUCACGACUACUGUCCGAGCAUUCCUGGCACCGAUCAUCUUCUUCUUUAUCAUUUCUUACUGUAAAAACUUCUUCGUACCGCCCUCAGACUUUGGCGUGGGCUCUCCAACUACACUCUGGACAUUUGAGGAAGCACUCCAUGCAGGAACAACUGGACGCAGCACAGUAGCUUUUGUCGCAAAUGGUCAAGCUUCCGAAGUCACAAAUAUCAUCGAUCAGCUAUCAAACACCGUCAGAGCAAGUGGCAAAACUCCCGUCACUCUGUCUAGCCAAGUUGAGCUUCUGCAAACGUGCAAAAGCUCUGUACGCGGAGUCUCUGGUUGUUUUGCCGCAUUAGAAUUCCACAAUUCUCCUAGUAAUGGUGGCGUCUGGAACUACACAAUCCGGGCCGAUGGAUCUCUUGGUGAAAGGAUUUUCGUGAAUAGCAACGAUAAUGAUGCACAGAUUUAUGCUCUCCCUCUCCAGCAUGCCGUGGACGCCCUUAUCGCUUCUUCAGAGGGAUCUUCAAUCCCUAUACCUCAGCAGUACCCUUAUACUGAUGCGACCCCUGAAGAGCGGGAGAGAAACAUCACACGGCUAUACAUGGGUACUCUGAUCAGCAUCCUUGGUCUGGCCUACUUUAUUGGUUUUGUUGGUAUAUGCUACCAGCUAACAGGUCAGUAA